UUUGGCGAUUGCGUGUGGCCGAUGAGUCUCGGCUUAUGACGCAAGAAUGGGUCAUAUAAUGUCGGAGAAACAUCUAUGUUGCAAAAUCUUCCGUCUUUCUCCGGUUCUUCCUCGAUCAUUACAAGCAAGCUGCUGGUCGAUCUUUCCCUCACCAAUUGUUCCCAUUACCUCUCUGCCUCUUCUGAAAUGGAUAUUCCAGGACUGAAUUCAUUAGCAGCAGAUGGGUUGGGAACAUAUAUGGUGGAGAGCAAAGCAGGUGCAAUAGCAUGUAUGUUGCUAUCACUGCUUUGCUUAGGCACUUGGCCUGCUCUUAUGGUUCUUCUCGAACGACGAGGCCGCCUUCCACAGCAUACUUAUCUCGAUUACUCGAUCACAAACUUAUUGGCUGCCACCGUUAUAGCCUUUUCGUUCGGUCAGAUGGGUGGAAGCAGGCCGAAUUUCGUCACCCAACUCGCUCAGAUUAGUGAUAAUUGGCCCUCGGUGUUGUUUGCAAUGGCUGGUGGGGUGGCACUCGGCCUCGGGAACCUGGCAUCUCAGUAUGCUUUAGCGCUAGUUGGUCUGUCCGUUACAGAAGUGAUAGCUGCAAGCAUCACUGUCGUCAUAGGAACAACGGUCAACUACUUCUUGGACAGUAGAAUAAACAGAGCCGACAUUCUUUUCCCGGGUGUUGGCUGUUUCUUGAUUGCUGUUUGUCUUGGUUCUGCUGUUCACUCGUCUAAUGCAGCUGAUAUAGACACAAAACUCGGCCGCUUCCCUGGCGACUAUAAAGAUGCUUCUUCUGAGGAAUGCGAGAAACUUUCAGGAGAAAACGACAUGAAGAUGGCAGAGGAAGGGAGUGCUGCCUUUCUUAUAGCACUUGAAAACACUAGAGCAAUCAAAGUAUUUGGGAAGAGCAUGGUGGUGGGACUGGGAAUAACCUUCUCUGCAGGCCUUUGUCUCUCUCUUUUCUCGCCGCUGUUCAACUUAGCCACGAAUGAUCAGUGGCACACUCUGAAACAAGGCGUUCCAAAGCUAAUUGUCUACACCACCUUCUUCUACUUCUCGGUGUCUUCCUUUUUUAUCGCGAUUGCUCUCAAUGUCAGCUUCUUGUAUCAACCCGUGCUGGAUUCACCGAGAUCAUCCCUUUCUGCUUACCUGAACGACUGGAAUGGGAGAGGCUGGGCUUUUCUGGCUGGAUUGCUCUGUGGUGUUGGCAAUGGCCUCCAGUUCAUGGGUGGUCAAGCUGCAGGAUAUGCCGCUGCAGAUGCUGUUCAGGCGCUUCCUCUGGUGGGAACAUUCUGGGGAAUCUUUCUGUUUGGAGAGUAUAAAAGAUCAUCACCAAGAACAUAUGCUCUGCUGGUGAGUAUGCUGGUUAUGUUCUCGGUUGCGGUGGCACUUCUGAUGGCAUCGGCCGGGCAGAGAGAGACUCGUUAUACCUAAGUAAGCGUGUUCUCCAGCCAUUUGCUCAUACCUCUCUGUGAGGAAACAAAAAGGACCAGAUCUGUUUUUUUUUUCUCUUGGAACUUGAAAGCUCAUUGCUGUUCAAGUUGGAUUGAAUGUAUAUAUAUAUAUAUCAGUAGUGCAGGGAUUUGGAUUGGAUUUUCAUGAAUCUCUCGUGAGAUUCCAUGACUUUUGUUGUUUGUGCAAGAAAUGAAGAAAGUAUGAACACAUUGUCAA